AAUAGAGACAUACUCAUCACUUCACAAAGCACAAGCAAACACUCCUGGACUUAUAGGCUUCAAGAUUUUCUAUCUUUCUUCGACUUUUCGCUCAGGGGAAGACACCCUUUUUCCCUUUUCUCUUUCAGUCUCAGCAGUCGUAGGGACAUAAACCGACUUUUUAUAGUUUAGACUUAAGAGCAAUGAUGGAGGAAAGGCAACUUGAUAUUGGAGCUCCACUUCUAUCUAUGCGGCGAUUUUCAUCACCUUCAUACUCUUCAGAGCUACUAAAUAGUCAGGUGACCGGAAAAUUGCGAUCCAGUCGCCAGCAAUCUCCUCCAUUAAACAAAUCCGACUGGGAAUACGUGAAGGUCACAGAACAAGCUUCAGUCCCGUUUCAAUGGGAACAAAUACCUGGAAGGACUAAAAGUGAAGUGCAAAUCCAGGUUCACACUUUAGAGGAAUCUUCAAAUACACCGCGGCUUCAAUCUCCAGGAAGGGUAGCAGUUCCCUCGAGAUACAAUUCUGGGGAAAGAUCUAAUAAUCAGAAUAUCUAUAGACCCCAAAUUGAAGCAUUUCUCUUUGGAGAUCAUGCUACUCUUUUGGAGAAGCUACAUCAGAGUUUAAAUUGUAAAGAUGAAUCAGGUACACUAAGUGACGGUGAUGCUUAUUCUAUUGCACUCCAGACAGAAUCAUGGUCCUUGAACUACAGUGUAAGUGGCCUCAGUGGGUAUCAGAGUUCAGGUGUGAAACCAUCAGGGACCUUUUCUAUUGACAGACAAACAAGAGAUUUUAUGAUGGACAGAUUCUUAACAGCAGCGAAGGCCGUUGUUUUGGAGUUACCAAAACACGUUGUGAAGAAGCCUAACGAGCAACCAAAAGCGGUAAAGAAGAUGGUUUCUGAUGAAAGAAAUCGUUUACUCGGGCAUUCUGGUUCCUAUCCCUUGCAAUAUUACAUUCAGUACACGGAUAAUGUGGAAAGUGAAGAUGGAGAGCACAAGUAUACUUUUCCUGUGAAAAAAUCAGGGAAAAGUCGCCUGAUCAUCCCUCUAUUUUGUGCAAAGGAUUCUUUGUGCAUAUUAAGCACCUCGCCUGGAAUGAAAUCGAAAUUCCAUGCUCCAACAUCUUCAGCAGCUGAUGCUAGGAAACUCACGAGAAAUGCACAGAGUAGACCCUCUGACAAGAAUAAAGCUGCUGUUCUUCAUAAGAGAAAAUCGAAUUCUGGACUCAUGUCAAGGGACCUGCCGGAAAUUAAGAAUAAGCUAACAGGUAAUUCCAAUCAGCUUAUCAGUUCCCAUAUAAGGAAUGAAUCAGGUGUGUCUCCCUUCAGGCGCUACAGAAGUUGUAGCAUAUCUCCGUCCCGAAAAAAAUCUCAAAACUCUCCAUUUCUUGAUCUACGUAAGGAAUUUCCAGAUUACACUGCUAACAAGAUUGAUUCCUCACGAAAAUUAUUCGAGUUCUUGCAAGGUGCAUCCAAGAAUCAGCUAUGCGAACGAGGAUCAGGUCCAACUCCAACAGGUGAUGCCGUCGAGAAAACUGUGUACAUAGAUUGUCCAAGUAAAACAAAUCAAGACACUUCAUGCCCGAAUACAUUGGAGGAAGGAAGAAAGCUCCGUCCUAAAUCCGAAUCAACGGAUAAAGUUCGACCUUCUAAUUGCACAUCCAAGUCCGUAUAUGUUGCUAAAGAAAUGGGAGAUAUUAAACUGAAUCGUCGUCUUUAUCAAGAAUCCAGACCCCUUGAAUUCACAGCAAAGGUACCGUCUGAUACAAAAUCUGGAAUCAAAGAUGGAAAUAAUCUAGCAUCAUAUGAUCAGAAAGACACUGAUCCUGCUCCAUUGAAGCCACCUUUACCUCCACCAUUGCCAAAAUCACCUUCUGAAUCUUGGCUCUGGCGUACUGCGCCUUCCAUAUAUUCGGGGUACCCGUUUUCUAAAUCACAGAAUGGGAUCAGGAAGAAACGGGACCAGAAAGGUUAUAUCACUGACACAAAAUGGGAGAGCAUAGUGAAAACUUCUAACCUCCGGCACGAUGAUGUCCUCCAUUCAGAGGGAGCUUCACCUUGUCUUCUCAACUAUGAACAGUAAUUUAGACAAAGAGUAUCAAAAAUCUCACCCAUUAAGACACAAACAUGGAUCCAUACAUUUAUUUUCAAGAAUGUAAGUUGGGCCAAUUUAUUUUGUGAAGCCCGUGUUAUCCCACUUAUAUUUCGUUGAUUUUAAGGUUUUUGUAGCUCUAAACAACCCAACUUCGACGUUGUGUGUUAUCUGAUCUUAUUUUGAUUUCGACCCACUUUUGCAU